AUGGCGGAAGACGUAAAUAGAAAGAACCAACUUGAACAUGAGGGGCUAGACAAAAAUUAUACAGGUGAAGCCAAAGUAAAGUACAAAAAUGGAGACAAGUUCAUUGGGGCAUUUGACAAUGGAAAAAAGUGUAAGGGUAAAUAUUAUUACUCAAACAAAAGUACCUAUGAGGGUUUUUACUUGAACGAAAAGAAAAAUGGACUAGGGAAGCUUACGAAAAAUGAGUUGGAGUUUUAUUACGGCAAUUUUGAAAAUGGAAAAAAAAAAGGGGUAGGCUUCCAACGAUAUCCUAACGGAGACUUUUACUAUGGAGAAUGGACAAAUAACAAGAAAAAUGGCAAGGGAAUUUACUUCUUCUUUUCGACUAAGGAAUAUUAUUUCGGAGAGUGGUCCAAAGGAAGUUUCACUAAUGGCGAUUGGGUACUUUCACAUGAAGUAAAAUAUGUCGGUUCAUUUUUUAAGGACAAACCAAAUUUUAAAGGAUAUUUUCUCUUUUCGAAUGAAGCAAAAAUAAACAUUUUCUUUGAGCAGUUAUUUACUAUUGCUAUGAGUGAGAAUGAGGAGAGUAAAGAAAGAGUGGAACUACUUUGGAGGAACAUAUAG